AGAUGAAUGAAUCUCUAAUAAAUUCUAAGGGCGAAGUUGAGAAUGUUAAGGUUUCUGUUCGUUGUCGUCCACUCAGCAAACGGGAAAAAGAAAUUGGUUUCGUUCAAUCAAUAGUUGAGGUUGAUUACACAGGAAAGUCAAUUCUUGUUUCGAGUUCAAAUGGUCAAAGCGAUUUACUUAAAUGUUAUCAGUUUGAUGAAGUAUUUGGACCGGAUUCUUGCCAAUCUGAUGUUUACAAUUGUAUAGCUCGUCCAGUGGUUGAAAAUGUACUUGAGGGCUUUAAUGGAACAGUUUUUGCAUAUGGCCAGACUGGAACGGGGAAGACAUACACAAUGUCUGGUGAUCCAAAUAUAGGAGAACAAGGGAUUAUUCAAUAUUCCUUUGCACACAUUUUUAAUCAUAUUGCCGAAAGUGGGCAUGAAAAGAGAUUUCUUGUCAGAAUUUCCUACAUGGAAAUAUACAACGAAGAAUUGCGUGAUUUGCUUGUUCGUACAGUCCCCGGAGCAGUACAUUCAUAUUUAGAGAUAAAGGAGCGUGCGGAUGUCGGUGUUUAUGUAAAGGAUUUAUUGAGUGUCACAGUUUCAAGUGCUGACCAAUGCAUGCGAAUUAUGCAGUUAGGCAACGCAAAUAGACAUACUGGAAAAACAAGUAUGAAUGAGCAAUCGAGUCGCUCACAUGCAAUUUUUACAAUAACAAUUGAGUGUUCAGAAAUAAUUGCUGAUGGAAAGCAAUUACUCACACAAGGGAAACUUAGCUUUGUAGAUUUGGCAGGAAGUGAAAGACAAUCAAAAACUAAUGUUGUUGGAGAGCAAAUGAAAGAAGCAACAAAGAUUAACUUAUCUUUGUCAACACUUGGAAAUGUAAUUAGUGCUUUAGCUGAUGCAAAAAGCACCCACAUACCAUACCGAAAUUCAAAACUUACAAGGAUUUUGCAAGAUUCUCUUGGUGGUAAUUCAAAGACAUGCAUGAUUGCAAAUAUUGGGCCUGCAGCGUACAAUUAUGCAGAAACAAUAAGCACAUUGCGAUAUGCGAGUCGAGCAAAGCGUAUACAAAAUAUGGCGCGAAUUAACGAAGAUCCAAAAGAUGCUUUGCUCAGGCGAUUCCAAAAUGAGAUUCAACUUUUGAAGAAAAGAUUAGAAGAAGCCGAGCCAGGUUCAAAUGCAGAAAGUGAUGUUGAUGAUGAUGAGCAAAAUUUUUUGAAAGAAACAUCUUUAGGAGAAGCAGAUGUGCAACAACAGCGAAACAAACAGAAUGAAACUGAGAAUCUGGAUUUACAACAUCAACGUUUGGUUGAUGACCUUUUAAGUCGUGAAGAAGAGCUUAAGCGGAAUAAAAGCGAAAGGGAAAAAUUAAUGCAUAAAUUAGUAGCAAUUGAAAGACAAAUAAUUGUAGGAGGGGAAAAUAUGAUUGAGAAGGCGGAGAGACAAGCACAACUGUUAGAUGCUGGAAAUAGGUAUUUUUUAUUCAAAUAUUCCGUUUAUAAUUUAAAUUUUAUUUGUAGAGAUUUGGAACAUGCUCGACAAGUUUGGACUCAAUAUAUGCAAGCAAAGAGUGAACUACAAGAUCAAGAAAUGGAACAUCAUCGAGAAACAGAAUCUCUCCUUGAAAGCAUUAGACAAUUACAGAGAGAAUUGCUUUAUGCAAACCUUGUUAUUGAUAGUUUUAUUCCCGAUAAUCAAAUGAAUUAUAUUGAACAAUUUGUUAAUUGGAAUGAAGAAGUUGGGGACUGGCAACUUAAAUGCAUUGUUUGUGUAUUUUAA